AUGGGAGAACCUCCAGCUGCAGUGAAAGAAGCGAUAGAAAAGACCGUUCAGUACGUCAAGAAGAAUGGAGUUUCGUUCGAAGCAAAGCUAAUCGAAAACGACAAAGACGGCAAGUUUUCCUUCUUGCAAGCGUCAAACCCAUACCAUAGUUACUACAAACAGAAACUAGAACACAAACCGGAGGUGCCACAAGAGGGCAAUGUUCAAAUAAAAGAGAGCGAACCAGAGAAGCCGCGAGAACUUCUUUUUCUCACGGACCUUCCGCCUGUUUCGAAUAUUGAUAACGAAAUCAUCAAAAGUUGUGCAUUAUACAUAGCAUGCAAUUCUGAUAAGCACAUCGAAGCGUUGCGCAGACACAUGGAGCGCAAAGGGAAACGAAACCAGUUUGCGUUUUUGAACAGAAACCACACGUUGCAUCUGUUGUUCCAGAGCUAUGUCAAACAAUAUACUGUGAUUAUAGAAACUGCGAAAAAGGAAGGAGAGAAGGCGCUGGAAAUGGACAAACUUCUCCAUUCAAAUAGCCAUGAGUUUUUCGAGCGGGCCUACAGCCGAGCGGCAUACGAAAAGAAGCACAGAAUCGAAACACGGGCCAGACAGGAGGAAACGAAGCAGAAGCAGCUUCGAUUUGCCUCGAUCGACUGGCAGGAUUUCAGUCUUGUGGCGAAAGUCGGUUUCAGUACAAUCGACGAAGUUUCGGAACUUGCGCUUCCGAUCAGCAGAGACGAAAUCAUGUAUCGGUCGUUAAAUACAAGAUCGAAGGAACUCGAAUUGCGCUACGAGGAGAAAAAGGAAGAAAAAGAGAGCAAGGAGACGCAGGAGAACAGGGAGAAGCAAGAUGAGAGCAAAGAGAAUCAAAAAGAGAGCAAGGAAGACGAAGAGGAGAAGCCAAAAGAACACAAAGUUCCCAAAGGUAUGAAAAUACGAGCUGCGGGCGAAAGCCGGUUGAAGAAGAAGAAAGCGACUGAAAGAACUAUCCAAUGUCCCAUCACAGGAAAACAAAUUCCUGAGCUGCAGUUCGAUACACAUUUGCGGGUCUUGUUACGAGACCCAAGCUACAAGGAACAGCAGGAAAACUUUGUCAAGAAAAACUUUACCUACUCGUCUAAUUUGACCACCGACCAGGUGUAUGAGAACAUCAAACGAUUGGUGCAUAAGAGAGCGCUUUCAGAGGAAGAGGAACAAGCCGGAACGAAAAGAGUGGCAUUGGGACCGCAAUAG